AAAAACUUCAAUGUCUUUACGUGUGAGUCGUGUAAAGCCUUCUUUCGAAGAAAUGCACUCAAACUUAAGGAAUACAAGUGCUCUCUUCGGGACAAUUGUAGUAUUGAUAUCACGACCAGAAAGUUGUGCCGCAAAUGUCGGCUUCAGAAGUGUUUCGAUUCGGGGAUGAAAAAAGAAUAUAUUCUGUCUGAAGAGCAAAAACAAAUGAGAAAAAUACGAAAACAAGUAAACGGUGUAAACAAUUGCAAACCAGCGGACGAUUCAGACACUGGCGACUCGUCCCAAGAAUCGGUGGCCACAACUGAUACCAAGAGCAGUUGCGAUGGUAUCGUACAUCACAAUCAUGGUGAAUCAAAUGAUUGUGACCAAGGUGUUGUUAUUAUCGAUAAACUCAUCGAUGACAAGAGACCAUUGGCCGAGUGGGAGAGCACUCGUCUCCGAGAGAUGAUGACUAUAUUGAAUGAAUUGAAAAAUAAAUAUAAAAGCAAAUUAGUUGCCGAAGUGACGGACCUGGAUAUGGCCUGUCGUGCCUUUUCCUACAACUGCGAGAGGGAUGCCUACAAAUUCAUUAGAUUGUCCAACAGUUUGACCGCAUUUCAA